CGCAUCAUCCUUGUUCUCAUCCCUCUCACUUCCACCGCGUCAUUCUCAUUCUCCUUCCUCUUGAACAUCCCAAUAACUUCCACCCUCCACAAGCCAACCAACCAUCCACAUCAUCUUCCACAAAACCAUAAAACCAAAAGUAAAAAUGACCCCCAAAGCAAACACGAGCCAAAAGCGCAAACGCACCCCGACCGAAGACAAAGCAUCCAAAAAACAGCGCAAGAGGAAGACCACCGCCCUCAAAACCACGGCGCCAUCAUCCCCGGACACCCAAAGCCACGCCACCACACCCCCUCACACCCCAACAGCGCCCCGCUCAUUCUCCCUCGAAACCUUCUCCUCCAACAAGGACCAAGCCGCCCACACCCGCCUACAGCAGCAGAUCCACGCCGAAACCGAGAUCCUGCACGUCUACCUCCGCAGCCUGCGCAACCAGCUCACCCAAACCCCCUCCCGCGACGUACAAUAUGAGAUCUGCCAAGCCAACGCCAAGGGCAUCGCAGCGCAGUACGCGAUCCUGGGCGACCUCGAAGCGGAACUGGAGUAUUUCGGACGCAGCGUCGAGCUGCAUACACUGGACGAGGCGGCCGCUAUCAAGAAGGAGAAGACUGGAGAGCUGCUGAGUUCGUCGAUCCCGAGCUGGGCGGAGGCGGUCGCGGCAUGGGGCCAGCCGGUCGUGGAUCGUGUGCGGCGCGACACGCACUCCGUUCACUUCUGUACGUACCUGGGUUGGUUCGCCAGGCGGGGGUUCGAGUGGAAGACCGUCGCGAAUCUGCUGGCGACGGCUGUGGUCAACCGUCUGGAUGACUCACGGCGUCCCAGUCGGCUGGCCCUGCUGACGGUGGAUGCGGUCUACGCGAAGAAGGAGAUCCCGCGGCCGGCGCCGGUGCUGGCGGCGAAGGAUGUUCUGCGCGUGGGGUGUCGGUUGGAUCGGUUUGGGUUGUUGGUGCCCAUGUCGGUGGAGGAGAGGGAGUGGGCGCGGUUUUUGUGAGGUGGUGGUGGGUUUAUGCGGAGGUUUGAGGUGGUUGGGUUUGUUGAGAGGUGGGUUUGACAUGGUCCGUUGGGGUAAG